AUGGUGCUUGAGCUGCAUGUUUGGGGACCAGCUUUUGGUCUUCCGUCAAUUGAUGCCCAAUGUCUAGCCACUGUCGCCUAUCUAAAGCAGUGUCUUCCACCGUCCGAUUGGCGGUUGAUCCCAUGCAGUGAUCCUUCAGUCGUACCGACAAGUGGCCUACCUGUGCUCAAGGUCGACUCCACAUGGGUACACGGCUUUGGCGGCAUUGUGAACUUUCUUCGGGAGCACUCCUUGGGGAAAUGUGACCUCGAUCAAGACCUGAACGCCCAACAGCGAGCAGAUACUAUCGCAUUUUUCUCCUUCCUCGAAUCGCGCGGCCAGCCCCUCCUCGAUCUUUCGCUUUACGUAUCCAGCGAGAACUAUACAGAAUGGACAAGGCCGGCACUUGCCCAGAUACUACCGUGGCCCAAGCAAUGGAUUCUUCCUCACAGGUUGCGAGAUGCUGCGAAAGUCCGGUCAGAGCAUCUAGGGCUCUCGUCAUUGGACAUCGAAGCCGCCAGCACGGAAGACGGUGAUACGGGUGCCCGAGGGGCAGGAAACAUUCCAAAGAAUCUGGUCGCAAAGCCAAAACAGACAGUCGCUAGUAUGCUUGGUAAAAUUGGCCAACAGAACCAAUUUCGACUAGACGCAGUCACUUCGGAUUUCUUUGAGCCGCUCAGUGACCUUGUGAAUAAGAGUGGAGGUCAGAGCUGGGUGUUUGGCACAGGUCAAGCCUCCUCCCUUGACUGCUUGCUGUUAGGAUAUAUGGCAUUGAUGAACCCACCUUUGAUACCUCCACGCAGGUGGCUGCAAGAUGCCUUGGUCUCUAGGUAUCCGGUUCUGUUGGAAUGGACGACCAACUUCAGACAGGAAUGCUUUGGAGGGCCUGUCAGCGCGUCGGACGUUUUUUCUAGCCCUACAUCUGAGAUGCGUACUUCACACCCUUGUUUGCCAUGGCAUAGUCCAACUUCAGUUUCAAUUCAGAACAUUGGAUCGACAUUCUUGACUGCGAGUCUGGAUUCGUUGCCAAUCGUCUCUCGGUAUUCCUCUGGUCGAAUCAGGCGAACUUCACCUCAGAGUACGAAAGUCGAUGGUACAAAAACAACGAUGGUCCAUGUUUCACCUUACCCUCUAUUUGGUGGUCUGGGAGUAGUGGGAAGUGCGCUCGGCGCAUAUAUGGCAUACUACAUGUACAGAGGCUCGUCGAAAUCAAGAUCACGUGCACAGUAUGGCACUGGUGUAGCAAAAAGGAACAUGACCAGUCAGAGAGAUUUUGGAGAGGCUGGCAGGAUGCUAGGGCUGAUAUGA